UUCCUAUCGCGUCCUCAUAUUAUAAACCAAGUGGAAGUUGGAUAGGAACAGCGUAGGGAUGCAGAUGGACGUAGAGCCGCAGGUAGUGUUAAAUUCGGGGCGGAGGAUGCCGGUGCUCGGCAUGGGGACGGCCACCUACCCGGUGCCGCCCGACGAAACCAUAACGACGGCGGUGAUCGACGCCAUCGGGCUCGGGUACCGCCACUUGGACACGGCCAGCGUCUACGGCUCGGAGCGGGCCGUCGGCCGGGCCAUAGCGACCGCUCUGGAGAGAGGGCUGAUCGGCAGCCGCGACGAGCUCUUCGUCACCACCAAGCUGUGGUGCACCGACAUGCACGCCGACCGCGUCGUCCCUGCACUGCAAGAGUCUCUCAGGACUUUGGGAUUGGAGUACAUCGAUCUGUAUCUUAUCCACCACCCUGUUAGACUAAAAGGUGAGAAACGAAUGGUUUUCACCGGCGAGGACGUUAUUCCCUUGGACAUGCCAACCGUGUGGGAAGCAAUGGAGAAAUGUCAGAGUCUAGGUUUAGCUAAAUCUAUCGGGGUGAGCAACUUCACAUGCAAGAAGAUAGCUGACCUACUCAACCAUGCAAGAAUUCCACCUGCUGUGAACCAGGUGGAGGUGAAUCCUCUUUGGCAGCAAAGAAAACUACGAGGCUUCUGCUCGGAGAAGGGAAUUCAUGUGAGUGCAUACUCUCCGCUUGGUGCAGUUGGAGUCCUAUGGGGAAACAUUGAGUAUUUUGAUAGGGCAUAUUUUGGUAACGCCCUUAUGGACGUGGUCAGCAAUCACAUCGGACAUGGAGCCUUGGGACUGAGAUAG